UCCCGGGGGGGGACACCCUGCGGGCGGUUGAGCGUGGCCCUCCGCUACGCCUACGGCUCCCAACAGCUGGUGGUGAAGGUCCUGAGGGCCUUGGACCUCCCGGCCAAGGACGCCAACGGCUUCUCCGACCCCUACGUCAAGAUCUACCUCCUCCCCGACCGCAAGAAGAAGUUCCAGACCAAGGUCCAUCGCAAGACCCUCAACCCCGUCUUCGACGAGACCUUCAGCUUCGGGGUGCCCUUGGCCGAGCUCCCCCUGCGCCGCCUCCACUUCAGCGUCUACGACUUCGACCGCUUCUCCCGCCACGACCUCAUCGGGCAGGUGGUGCUGGACAACCUGCUGGAGGCCACCGAGAGGGGGGACGAGGGACCCAUCUGGAGGGACAUCCUGGAGGGCAGCGGGGUGAGGAGACGGGGAAUAGUGGGGAUGGGGGCCCACCAGGGACCUCCUGGAG